AUGACUUCAACGGUUUCUUCUGUAUUUAGUACAAACAGUCCUUCAAAUAAUUAUACAAUUCACGAUGAAGUGAAUCUUGGUGAUAUUCUGUCAACCUUUUCGUCCAAAAACGCACUUAUUCCAACUUCGGCAUUGAACAGCUGUUAUCAAAAAGCUUUAUCAUUACUACGUGAUUAUACAAAAGAAGCNAACAGUCCUUCAAAUAAUUAUACAAUUCACGAUGAAGUGAAUCUUGGUGAUAUUCUGUCAACCUUUUCGUCCAAAAACGCACUUAUUCCAACUUCGGCAUUGAACAGCUGUUAUCAAAAAGCUUUAUCAUUACUACGUGAUUAUACAAAAGAAGCUGCCAGUCAAUUAGAUGCAUUUUCUAAACCAGUGUCAUUAUCUUACAAUGUAACUGAAGAUGACUUCGAUACGACAGUUUUUCCUGAUCGAUUGCUCACACCAUCAUCAGUGACCAUAUGUCAAUGGCGGCACGAACAAUUUCUCAAUGAGAAAUUUCUUCGCCUACUGCUGCCAUUAGUUGCUGAGAGUAUGCAUGCAAUCGUACUGAAUUGGUUUGAAGUCGAAUUGCACAAUGAAGAAGAGCGGCAAAGUAAAACUGAUAUCAAGAAAAAUGAAUUGCGAGAAAUAGUUUUUGAAUUAAAAUCCAUGGCUAAAUCAAUCGAUAUUGAUCGAUUGUAUGAAUUGAGUGGAAGCUCGAAAGAUGUUCUCAUCGAUCAAGUCGAUUGGAAAUUGAUUGUCACGAAAAUGCGAAGUAAAGGUGGCUUUAAAUAUUUCGAUGAAUACUCGUUAAGACGUAUUUGGUUACAUCGAUGUCAAUAUGGAGUUAAUACUUCGUGGUCAGAUGAAGAAGAUGACAUGUUAAAUCAAUUAGUUCAACAGUUUGGCUUUGGAAAAUGGAUGGAAGUUGCUCAACAUGAACUUUUUCAAAAGAAGAAAAAAUCAGCAUAUAUGUGUGCUCGACGAUAUAUGACUAAUUCAAAUAAACUACAUGCAAAAAGACGAUUCGCUAAAUCGGAGAAAGAACAUCUUCUAUCGAUUUAUAAACAUCGCUGUUCCGUUGUGAAAGAUUAUCGUUUUUGUGUAUCUCACGCUGCUUAUCUGCUCGGUGAUCGUGGAAUACGUGAAAUCACUCAUGUUUGGACAUAUAUUAAUCCUAAUGUCGAGAAAAGUUCAUUCACACCGGAAGAAGAUGCGAUCAUACUACAACAAGCGAGUCAAACGGGAUCUGUUUGUUGGACAACCUUAGCUGGUAAUCAAUUACCAAAUCGAUCAGCUGUCCAGUGUCGUCAAAGAUAUGUUCAAUUAAUGAAAGCGAAAUCAACUGCGCCACGGAAACGAACAACUACGAAGAAGAAGAAAUAA